AUUAAAUUGCAUUCAAACAGCUGCUCUAAUUGUGCAUUACUGAUCCCUUCAGGGAGUGUAACUGCUGUACAGGAUCUGCUGGGCAAGAUGAAGCUCUGGGUUUUGGUGUUAUGUUCAGUUCUGGUUGCAUCUGACCCUUUCCAGUCACAGCCUUCUUUUUCUUCAACCAGAGGAUCUUGUCAGAGUUUGUGUUCCUGUGAAGAAAAGGAUGAUACCAUGAUUAUAAACUGUGAAGAAAGGGGCAUUAAGAUGAUAUCAGAAAUAAAUGUCCCACCAUCACGGCCUUUCCAUCUUAAUCUAUUAAACAAUGGCUUGACUAUGUUGCGUGUGAAUGAUUUUGCUGGCCUUGUCAAUGCCAUCUCUCUACAUCUUGGAUUUAAUAAUAUUGCAGAUAUUGAGCCUGGGGCUUUUAACAGUCUCAGCCUUCUUAAGCAACUUCAUAUCAAUCACAAUUCUUUAGAAAUACUUAAAGAAGAUACAUUUAAUGGGUUGGAAAAUCUGGAGUUUCUUCAAGCAGACAACAAUUUCAUCACAGUGAUUGAAGCAAGUGCCUUUAGCAAGCUUAACAGGCUCAAAGUGCUUAUUUUGAACGAUAAUGCGAUUGAAUAUCUUCCUCCUAACAUAUUUCGUUUUGUGCCGUUGACCCAUUUGGAUCUUCGUGGAAACCAGUUACAGACAUUGCCAUAUGUUGGCUUUCUAGAACACAUUGGUAGAAUAUUAGAUCUUCAGUUGGAAGAUAAUAAAUGGGCUUGUAACUGUGAUUUGCUGCAGCUGAAGAUAUGGCUAGAAAACAUGCCUCCCCAGUCAAUAAUUGGUGAUGUUGUGUGCAAUAGCCCUCCAGUUAUCAAAGGCAGCAUCUUAAGCCGGUUGAAGAAAGAAUCACUUUGUCCCACUCAUCCUGUAAAUGAACUUGAAGAUCCUUCAGGAUCACUGCCCUUGGUUGUAACCACCUCUAUUAGUGAUAAUCAUCUAUUAACUAAGGUUAUUCCUAUCCUGAAAGCUCCUACUAAAGAGUCAACUUUUGUGCUUCAUGCUUCAAAGCCAACUACUCAGUUUCCAGGAAUCUAUUGUCCUGUCCCCUGUCACUGCACCAGCCAUACACUCUCAGGAGUUCUCAUGCACUGCCAGGAACGAAAUAUUGAAAGUUUGUCUGACUUAGGACCUCCGCCUCCAAAUCCUAAAAAGCUUAUUCUAGCUGGAAAUAUUAUUCAGACGUUACUGAAAUCAGAUCUUGUGGACUAUGCCAGCCUGGAAAUGCUUCAUCUGGGGAACAAUCGUAUUGAAAUCCUUGAAGAAGGAUCUUUUAUGAAUCUAACUAGACUGCAGAAAUUAUAUCUCAAUGGCAAUCAUCUUACAAAGCUAAGUCAGAAUCUUUUCCUUGGUCUUCAGCACCUUGAAUACUUGUACCUUGAAUAUAAUGCCAUCAAAGAAGUUUUGCCAGGGACAUUUAAUGCAAUGCCAAAACUUAAGGUUCUCUACUUAAAUAACAAUCUUUUACAGACUUUACCACCCCACAUCUUUUCAGGGGUCCCACUUGCCAGAUUAAAUUUGAAAACAAACCAGUUUGCCCAUUUACCCGUGAGUAAUGUCUUGGAUGAACUAGAUAUGCUGGUACAAAUUGAACUUGAAGACAACCCCUGGGAUUGUACUUGUGAUUCAGUUGGGCUGCAAAAAUGGAUACAAAAGCUGAGUAAGAAUACGAUGAUGGGUGACAUUUUUUGUAAAUCUCCAGGACACUUAGCAAAAAAAGAACUGAAAUCCCUGAACAGUGAUGUCUUAUGUCCAGGCUUAAUAAACAGCCCUGCACUACCAACUCAUGCCAGCUUUAUAGUUGUGACAACUUCUGCUACAACCACUGCUGCAGACACCAUCUUGCGGUCCCUUACAGAUGCUGUCCCACUUUCUGUUCUAAUACUAGGACUCCUGAUUGUGUUUAUAACUAUUGUAUUUUGUGCAGCAGGAAUAGUUGUUCUUGUUCUGCAUAGGCGGCGAAGAUGCAAAAAGAAACAAGCAGAUGAACAAAUGAGGGAUAGCAGCCCAGUUCACCUUCAGUACAGCAUGUAUGGGCAUAAGACAACACAUCACACAACUGAGCGCCCAGCUGCAACUCUCUAUGAGCAGCAUAUGGUUACUCCCAUGGUUCAGGUCUAUCGAAGCCCAUCCUUUAGCCCCAAGCAUACUGAGCAACAGGAGGAGGGAAAUGACAAGGAAGACAAUGAUUCCAAACAUCUCCGCAGAAGUCUCUUGGAAAGAGAGAACAGUUCACCUCUUACAGGUGCUAAUGUCAAAUAUAAGGCUACAGAUCAAUCAGCUGAAUUUCUGUCAUUUCAGGAUGCCAGCUCUCUGUACAGAAACAUUCUUGAAAAAGAGAGAGAACUGCAACAACUAGGUAUCACGGAGUACCUAAGGAAAAAUAUUGUCCAGCUCCAGCCUGACAUGGAGGUUCAUUAUCCUGGAGCACAUGAGGAGCUGAAGUUAAUGGAGACACUAAUGUACUCCAGACCAAGAAAGGUUUUCCUAGAACAGACUAAAAAUGAGUACUUUGAACUCAAAGCUAACUUACAUGCUGAGCCUGACUAUCUGGAAGUCUUGGAGCAGCAAACAUGAAGCAAACCUUUGGUGGGC